AUAAACAACCCGAAACGACGACGAGAGGUGGAGCCGCUGCGCUGACAACUGUCAAAAGAGCCUUCCUGAUAAGACGAGCCCUUCCGUCCUCAAAGCAUCUCGUCCUAGCACGUUAGAAUCCGUUAUAUCCACAUAACUGAAGUGAGUAUUCCGUAUCCCGUGAGUGUACAACGUCUCUGUCGCUAUUCUGUUAUCGCGAAGCCGUUUCGGAUGAGCGGUUCGCACUUUGGCAGGUUUUGACAAGACUGCAUGUCUUCCUGGAGACCCACUGAGAAGAGAUGUCAAGGCGAAGCACAAGGUUAGUGACCAAAGGGACGCCCGUCCCUGAUGAUGACGCUGCCAGUACGAGCUCUACCGGAUCUACUGGUCACAUCUCUUACAAAGAGAGCCCGACGAGGAUCUUCAAGAAGAGGACCGGUCGCAAGAGCACAGGUAGUGUUUCCCGGAAUUCAAGUCGCGCGAGCAGCGUGAGCCAGAUGUUGACUGGGCAGCGCGGUGAAUUCACUGCCACAGAGAAUGAGAAUGGCAUGUCCUUUGCUACUCAGGGAUUUUCCUCUGGAUAUUCCUCAGCUGAGGAGCAUUAUGAACAAACCAUAAAAUCAAACCCUAGUUCUACCCAGUCUGCAGCUGAACAAUCCUUUGUCGUGUGGGACGUGUUUCACUCUCCAGCUCAGGCUCUGGUUAUGUUCUACUGGUGGCUGGGAAGUUCAUGGUACAGCCUGACCUCUCGACUGUCUCUGAUCAAUGUGUUUCUGCUUAGCAGAUGCACAACAGAUAUGAGAAAGGCUGUCCUACUGGUCCUCCUUCUCAUCUUUCUCAUAUUUGGAUUAUGGUACUGGUUCCCGUUUGCUUCUCGUUCUCCUCCUCAUGAGAGUGUUUCCAAGCCUCCACCUGUUAAACACAUAGACAGACCUGUGAAAGAAGCUUUUGAUCAUCUCCAACAUGCCAGUCUGUCUAACUUGAAGGAUGAGAUCACCAGCUUAUAUGAAAGGGAGGCAAACCUUAUGAGAGACAUUGAACUGCUGAAGAUGGAAAGCAUGAAACAUAAGGCCAAAUCUGAGAUGAUGCAAACUGAUCUGAAGGCUAUGAAUGACCAAAUGAGGAAUGAUGAGUCUGAACACAAGCAGCAGAUUUCUAGCCUGAAGUCCAGCAUCUCAAUCCUUCAGUCGGCCCAAGACCUCCUCAAGGAAAGAGUUGAUGCACAAGACACUGCUAACAACAACCUGAGAGCAGAGCUAUCCGACUGGCUUAUAAAACACUUGAAAGAUCCAAGCUCAUUGGAAACGACCAUAGUGCUCCGUCCUGAGCUGCAGAGGGCGCUGGAGGAUCUGGAGAAGAGGAUACUAGACAAACUAGCGCAUGAGAAAGAAAGCAGCCGAGAUGUCUGGAGGACUGUGGGAGAGACGCUGCAACAGGAAGGAGCUGGAGCCGCCUCUAUACAAGAUGUUAAACAAAUCGUCCACAGGGCAAUUAGUCUGUACAGGGCGGAUGGGAUUGGAUUGGCGGACUAUGCCUUGGAAUCUUCUGGUGCCAGUGUGCUCAACACCCGUUGCUCAGAGACGUAUAAGACCAGAUCUGCCUGUCUGAGUUUAUUUGGCAUCCCUCUCUGGUAUCAUUCAGAAAGUCCUCGGACUGUUAUACAGCCAGAGCUGUAUCCUGGAAAGUGUUGGGCAUUCCGAGGCUCCCAGGGUUUCCUAGUAAUCGCGCUGUCUUACCCAGUGAGAAUCACCCAUGUGUCACUCGAACACCUUCCCAAAGAGCUCUCACCGACGGGCCGCAUUGACAGCGCACCUAAGGAUUUUGCUGUCUAUGGUAUGUCUGAUGAGACUGAAGACGGAAAGUUGCUUGGGACGUUCACAUACGACCAGGAUGGAGAGCCCAUUCAGACUUUCAAGCUUCCGGAAGUGUCAGAGAUCUACAGCAUGACAGAGCUGAGGAUCUUGAGCAACUGGGGUCACCUGGAAUACACCUGCGUGUAUCGCUUCAGAGUUCACGGAGAACCUUCGUUCCUCGACCGAGAGGAAGUGGAUCUGAAAUGAUUCACCUUUGGUUUACUCUAUGCAAAAAAAAUGUAAAGCUCAAAUGCACUGGACUCUUAAAGAAUGAAUCAGACAGCUUCCUAAUGUACGAAUACCAAAAAACGCACACAAAUGUUCGACUGAUAUCAGAAUUGAUAGUAGAUUAUUUGCCCUCUCGAAAAAUAUUUCAAUUUUGCAUUCCUCAAUGAUUUUCAAGUGUUGAUAGGAAUUUUUUUAUGAAAAGAUGUACAUUUUUAGUUGUUUAUUUAGUUAUUAAUGAUUUAUUUAAUUUUUUUCAUAAGAAGGUCAGGCUUAUAUUGUGUGCGUAAAAGUAAAUAUGGGUUAUAAAGCCGAAUGAAGGACAAAAAGUGUCAUGCUUAGCUAGAAUUACCAUAAAGCAGCAUUUGUGUUGUAUUGCUCUGCCUUUCUGUUUUAUCCUCACUGUGUUUUGUAAUGAUAGAUGGUUCUGCAAUGUCCAUCAUUGAACCAUAUACCUCUUAAGAAGCUAAUAAUAGUUGAUUGUUUAGGUAUAUAACAAUGCUGUUUUCUUUAGGCAGCAGUUUUGAUUGCACUCUGAUGUAUUAUUAUUUUCCACCCCGGCUGAUGAGUAUCGAUGAGUACUAGAAAUGUCAGAUGGUGUACAUCUCCUCUGCGGGACGGGGGAGGACUGGAGUCCAACUCAGGUUUUGGGUUUUUAAACCAAAGUGCUCUUGAACGUCCCAGAUUAUAUAGUUCUCUUGUCCUCUAUGUGUACAUAUGUGCUUGAUGAUGCAGUUUUUGCAGUGCAUUCUCAAAAUGCACACUUAAAAGGUAUAAAUAUGUGCAUUGUCUUAUUUGAUUUAUUAUUAUUUUAUUUUGGCAUCUUUCUACAUUUCUCAUUAAGCUUAACAGAGCUAUGAUGUUAAUUUGGCAAGUUUAGAUAAAGUUUCUGUCAUAUUAUUUGAUAUUAUUUUGUACGAAAUAGGAUUUUUUAAUAAAUUUGAGA